AUGAAGAGGCAGAGCGAGCGAGACUCGAGCCCGAGCGGGCGCGGCUCGUCAUCGUCAGCCAAGCGGCCGCGGGAGCGCGAACGGGAGGCGGAGGCGGGCGGGCGGCGGGCGGCGCACAAGGCCUCGGGCGGCGCCAAGCACCCCGUUCCAACGCGGACCCGCGACAAACCCCGUGGUAGCGGGGGCGGCGGGGGCGGGCAUCGUGACGGCCGCGGUGCUGGGGACGCCAAUCAUCGUGCGAGCAGCGGCCGCUCCUCGGGCUCAGGCGCCGGCGGUGGGGGACGAGGUGGCAAGGCCUCUGGGGACCCGGGCGCUUCAGGCGCCUCGCCUCGUUCGUCUCCACUGCCGCCACCUCCGCCGCCACCAGGGGCCGAGCCUGCGGGUCCCGGCUCGUCGGCGGCCGCGCCCGAGUACAAGACGCUGCUCAUCAGCAGUCUGAGCCCCGCGCUGCCCGCCGAGCACCUCGAGGACCGUCUUUUCCACCAGUUCAAGCGCUUCGGCGAGAUAAGCCUGCGCCUGUCGCACACGCCUGAGUUGGGCCGCGUGGCCUAUGUGAACUUCCGGCACCCGCAGGACGCACGCGAGGCUCGCCAGCACGCCCUGGCCCGCCAGCUGCUGCUCUAUGACCGCCCGCUCAAGGUGGAGCCGGUGUAUCUGCGCGGCGGUGGCGGCGGGAGCAGCCGGAGAAGCAGCAGCAGCAGCGCCGCCGCCUCCACGCCGCCCCCAGGGCCGCCCGCGCCCGCCGACCCACUCAGCUACCUGCCGCUGCACGGUGGCUACCAGUACAAGCAGCGCUCGCUGUCCCCCGUGGCCGCCCCGCCCCUGCGGGAGCCGCGCGCCCGCCAUGCCGCCGCGGCCUUCGCGCUGGAUGCGGCCGCCGCCGCCGUGGGACUGUCCCGGGAGCGAGCCCUGGACUACUACGGGCUGUACGACGACCGGGGGCGCCCGUACGGCUACCCGGCUGUGUGCGAGGAGGACCUGAUGCCUGAGGACGACCAGCGGGCCACGCGCAACCUCUUCAUCGGGAACCUGGACCACAGCGUGUCAGAGGUGGAGCUGCGACGGGCCUUCGAGAAGUACGGCAUCAUUGAGGAGGUGGUUAUCAAGAGGCCUGCCCGUGGCCAGGGAGGUGCGUAUGCCUUCCUCAAGUUCCAGAACCUAGACAUGGCCCACAGGGCUAAGGUGGCCAUGUCGGGCCGGGUGAUUGGCCGUAACCCUAUUAAGAUUGGCUAUGGCAAGGCUAAUCCUACCACGCGCCUCUGGGUGGGUGGCCUGGGGCCUAACACCUCACUGGCUGCUCUGGCCCGGGAGUUUGACCGCUUUGGGAGCAUUCGGACUAUCGAUCAUGUCAAAGGGGACAGCUUUGCCUAUAUCCAGUAUGAGAGUCUGGACGCAGCCCAGGCUGCCUGUGCUAAAAUGAGAGGCUUUCCCUUGGGUGGUCCAGACCGCAGGCUGCGUGUGGAUUUUGCCAAAGCCGAGGAGACUCGGUAUCCCCAGCAGUACCAGCCCUCCCCGCUCCCUGUGCAUUAUGAGCUUCUCCCAGAUGGAUAUACCCGGCACCGAAACUUGGAUGCAGACCUGCGGGUGCGUGAUAGGACGCCCCCACACCUCCUGUACUCAGACCGAGACCGGACUUUUUUGGAAGGGGACUGGACCAGCCCCGGCAAAGGCUCUGACCGCCGAAACAGCCUAGAGGGCUAUAGCCGCUCAGUGCGCAGCCGGAGUGGGGAACGCUGGGGAGGAGAUGGAGACCGGGGCCUGCCCAAGCCCUGGGAGGAGAGACGGAAGCGGAGGAGCCUUUCCAGCGACCGUGGGAGGACAACACACUCCCCUUACGAGGAGCGGAGCAGGACCAAGGGCGGUGGGCAGCAGGCCGACCGCAGCUCCGACCGCACCCCUGAGCGCAGCCGGAAGGAAAACCACUCCAGCGAAGGGACCAAGGAGUCGAGCAGCAACUCUCUCAGCAACAGCAGGCACGGAGCUGAGGAACGGGGCCACCACCACCACGAGGCUCCAGACUCUUCCCAUGGGAAGAAGACACGUGAGAGCGAGCGCAAUCAUCGGACCUCUGAGGCUGAGCCGAAGCCUCUCGAAGAGCCAAAACACGAGACCAAAAAGCUCAAAAAUCUUUCCGAGUAUGCCCAGACACUGCAGCUGGGUUGGAACGGGCUUCUAGUGUUGAAGAACAGCUGCUUCCCAACAUCUAUGCACAUCCUCGAGGGGGACCAGGGGGUGAUCAGCGGUCUCCUCAAAGACCACACUUCGGGGAGUAAGCUGACUCAGCUGAAGAUCGCCCAGCGCCUGCGGCUGGACCAGCCCAAGCUCGACGAGGUCACGCGGCGCAUCAAGCAGGGGAGCCCCAACGGCUAUGCUGUGCUGCUAGCCACCCAGGCCACCCCCAGCGGGCCGGGCCCUGAGGGGCUGCCCGUGGUGGAGCCAGGCCUCCAGAGGCGGCUUCUCAGGAACCUGGUCUCCUACUUGAAACAGAAGCAGGCAGCGGGGGUGAUCAGCCUGCCGGUGGGAGGGUCCAAGGGCAGAGACAGCACGGGCAUGCUCUACGCCUUCCCGCCUUGCGACUUUUCACAGCAGUACCUCCAGUCCGCACUGAGGACAUUGGGCAAGCUGGAGGAAGAGCACAUGGUGAUAGUUAUAGUAAGAGACACUGCCUAGCCCAAGCCUGUCUUUCCCAGCUCCACAUUUGUGUCACAAAAACAGUUAUUUUGAAAUCUGAUCCCCCGCCUCUAUCCUACCCCCUUGGUUUGAAUUUUCUGCUGGAUUGUUUUGGUUCAUUAGGUUGGGGGCCCAAGUCCUGUCCCCCACCGAAACUAAGUUCUUAGCUUUGGGGGAUUUUUUUUACAGCGGUGAGAUGGGACUCCUGUCAUGUUGAUUUCUAGUGUACGAGAUACUGUCUGCUGUGUUCUGUAUUUUUUUAUUUUUUGACUAACUGUAUGGAAAGUUGUCAGUAAAGCCUUUGUCAGAGGAUGGAUUUUUAAUCCUUUUCGGAGUCCUGGUUUAAUCAUGUUUUUUCUCAGAUGGAAGACCUUCCCCUCUGCAUGCACAAAAUGCCCCACGUCGUCUCUCUAGCCCUGGUGUGCUGCGCCAUCGGGGGCUCUGCGCCCCUCCGCUGUGCGGGCUGAGUCAGGACUGUGUUUGUGCUGGUUCGUAGUCUUGGCUGAGAGCCGGUGGGCUUCGGUUUGCACGCUGGCCCCUGUCCUGCCAGUCCAAACAGAGCUCAUGCAAAGGAAGGGGGCACACCCGAGGCCUAUGGCCAGCAGCUGUGGCAGUUUUUGGUUGUGGUUCUGCCCUAAACAACGUGUGCCUCUCAGUUGGAGCGGUAGCCGUUUGACGAUACCCUGUCUGAAGGCCUUUAUGGAAGUAGGUGGUCUUGGCAGGUGUGUUCUCU